UGCGGAGGGCGGAGCCUACGAGGCCUGGCUCGGCAGGUGUGUGUGUGUGUGUGUGUGUGUGUGUGUGGGCGUCGAUGGCGGCGGCGACGUCGGUGCUCCUGUCCGCCUUGGCUGCCCGGCUUUCCCAGUCGGCCACCGCCCGCACCUACGGCAUCUUUUGCAAAGGGCUGACGCGAACUCUCCUCAUCUUCUUCGACUUGGCUUGGAAGCUCCGCAUCAAUUUCCCUUACCUGUACCUCGUGGCUUCGAUGAUGUUCAACGUCAGGCUACAGGUUCAUAUUGAGAUUCAUUAAAUUAUGUCUUUCGUUACAACCAGCAAACAUUCCACCACUUACUUUGGAUUACUACAAUGCAGAGCUUUGAGGACAGGGAAAUGAUGCCUUUCUCUUUUACCUGUAUGGCCCAGGAAGAAGAUUUGGGACACCAUCACCUGCAGCAAAGGACUAACCUAAGUCAGCAUAAGCAGAUCCUUUACCUUCUAAGGGUCCUUUUCUUACUGAAGAGCACUCAGAUGGCUCAUCAUCGCUCGCAAAAGGAAUCUUUCUCUCUCAAAAUGAGAUGCUGCCCUCUGUUUCAAGCUAUCCCGCUGUCUGAUAUUGGUGAAAAAGUCUUACCACAUUGGAGUAAAGUAACAAAUCAAGUCAUCGUAUCCAAGGAAUCACUUGGUUUAUUAGAGAAAGAUCUCCUGGAGAAAGUCUUUAGUCCCUUCAAGAGCAUUACAAUAACUGAUUGGUUAGAGAGAGGUCAUGACUUCAUUAGUGAACCAAACAGGUGGAGAACGCUUUAUACACUCUGCACAUUUUUGACUAUCAGAGCCCCAGCAUAACCAGAAGCGACAGUUGUUAGAACUGGAAUUAAGGGUUGGCGAUGAAAUGCACCUUGUGUUUCUUGAGAUGUUGAUUUGCAAGGAAUUUCAUUCUUCAGAUUUGAAAUCCAGCCUGGCUGCUUCAUUGGGUGAACAUCUAGUGCGGCUUUUCGGGGACCAACAUCUGUCUGUUUUUUUGAUUUACUUUAACCUCAUGUCUUUACCCAGUAGCUCUGAAUAUACAGAAAUACUUUCCAGCAUAAAAUAUCCAAGCAAGAAUCGUCAGGUAUCUCAGUGGUUGCUUAGCUAUAUGAGCAUUAGCACUUCAAAUCUCUGUCGUGUAAUAGUAAAUAUAUAAAAAAGCAGAGUUUGGAAGUGGUAGUGCUUUCUGAAUCUGCUUAUUGAAUCUUCCUCACUUGUUAUUUUUAACAUUUUUUUCAGAAGCCGAGUACCGGUGUGUUUUAUAAUACUCUGAACAAUCCAAAUUUAACAGCAUUACGGAGCUAAACCGACACAUAGGCCGUCAAAUUGAUUCAGUACAACCUUCAGGAAUCCCAUUUUGUUACCACCUCUGUGUUAAUACCAGCACAUUAUCAAUAGGGUUGAAUUGGAACAGUAUAUGCCUGUGGAUUGUUGCCAUAUGGUGUGAGAGCAAAUGUUUUGCAGCUUUUACUAUGUAUUGUAUUCCUACCAUGCAUAUAGGAUGGGGGACGUUUUUCCAACGUAUUUCUGAGCCCCCAGAAACAUUAAAUAUGAGGCAGGCUGAAAGUUUUAAGGGAAAAUAAAGAAGUGGAAAUCUUACUGAAUUACAGUUUAUUUAUACAUGGUCCAGCAAUCCUCAUUCUCUCGGGUGCAACAGCAUGCUGGUUUGGGAGAUGGAAGUCCAGUUAAACAUAUCAAGCAGGUAAUCCAAGUUGAGAAAUGCUGGUUUAGAUGCUACAGCGUUUUCAGCUGGCCUUUAGGCAAUACAAAAAAAAAAAAACUGUUUUUUUUUUAAAAAAACCUCAAGAUAUGUUUGUAAUGUUCUGAAAGCCUAAUUGAAUAGCCUUCUAUAAAAUGAUAGUUGGCUAUAGCUGUUUUAUAAUUAUCUCUAUUGCUAUCUGUUUCCAGGUGCUUAAGGGUAGGCUAAGAUGCCUUUUAGGUACUAUUACCGGAUUUAAUAAAGAAUUGUUACACAUAAGGCAAAUAUUUUGAGUCAAAAGCCAAAGGCCUGGUUUCUAUCAUAGGAUUAAAUAAAGGUCAUUUUUCCAUUAUACCUUUUGAUGAUGAGGGAUGUAGUUUCUCUUGAAUAUUGAAUUAUAGUCUAAAAUAUAUUUACAUUGGAAGUAGUGGCCUUGCCAAUCCUCAGUAGCAUCAGUGCUUUAAAAAAGCUAUGUGGGUGUUCCCAGCUACCAAAACUUCAGUAUUUGGAUGUGCAGCCUGCAGGACCUAUGAAUCAUUAAACAUUGUAAGUAUAUUAUUGUGUUUGCAGUUGUACUGCUGACUUGUAGAAAAAGUAAUCGAACUUCAUGACCCUUUAAAGAUUCACCAUUUUAUUAUUAAAGAUUCACCAUUUUAUUAGGCAGGCAUUUUUGAGACUAUGUGCAGCUGAUGAAGUGACUUAUGUGCAAAAGUGCAUGCGAUAAUUAGCUUAUAGCACAGAAAUCUUUAGCACAAUGCUAAGGUUAGCUCUUUUCCCUCAAUAGGUUGCUAUGAUUAUCCAUUUUAAAUGGCAAUGCUGUGUAAUACAUUAGCAGUGAGGUUAAGAUUUCAGAGAACAAUGUUCUUUCAAGCCAAGGGGAUUUCAACCUAGUUGUAGAACAAUUCUUAAAUUCUUAAACUUGAAUAUUUCAAGUUUCCUAUUUCUAAAAUCUUUUCCACAAGCUUACAGGAGUCAUGUUCUGAUAUUUUCCACCUGUGAACAAUGUAUAUGCAUCACUUUCUAGUGUGUUUUAAAAAGGAUUUUGAUGAGAGAAAGUUAUGCAGCUCUUUUAAUCAAGUUCCCUAUUGCUUUGUGUUAAACUCCUAAAGAAUUGAAACAUUCCAGCCGAACAGAAGGAAAUUUGGAUUUUGCCAUCCAUAUCAACACAUCCACAACUUUGUGUAGCUUGAUAAGGUUUACAUUCAGCCUGAUUCUCUGACAUUUGUUUCUUAUUUUCUAUUGGCAAAAUUAGCAUGCUAACGAUAAACCAGAAUCCAGAAUCUUGACUGAUAAAACUGAAAUCAUGCUUAAAGAAACGUCUGUGAGAUGGCUAUUCUAAUUUAAAUAUAACUAUUGUCUAUGUAAAAGUUCUCCAAUGUCUGAAAAAGCUUAUAUUUCAUGUACCUGCAUUUCAAGGAUGAAGCUGAAAUUGCCUCAAGAUCCCCAUCUAUCAUUUUGGAUUGGAUUGUAUCUUUUUUUUAGUAAAGUCUGCACUUUAUACUUGGAGACAGGGACUUAUUUUCAAAUGUUUUUUGCACUAAAGAAUUAUUUCAUCAAGUUUACAUAGACAUUUUAGUAAGACUUUGUUAGUAGGAAUGGGGUAGGCAGGAGUAGGUGCAAAAGAGGGCCUUGUUUCUCCAAAAGUCUGAAGUGGCUUAACACUUGGACUAUAAAUGACUUUUGCUGCAGCCUUGUGCAAAUAUUAUUGUUCAUUUUGGUACUGAACCAAUCUAUGUAUUGAGCUGUAAGGCCACUACUCAGCCCUUAAAAACAGGGUGGUAUGGACAACAUAAGGUAUUUUGUCUAGUUCUUAUAUAGCAAACAAAAUAUCAUUGGCAGGGACCAAGAUGGAUUACUGUCCAUAUGUGGAUGUUUAUAUUUUAUGACAUCUGUUUAUUUUUAGAAGAGUUGAUGUACCAAAGGUAUUGGCAUUUGAACUUAAGGUAUACAAUCCCUUACAAUGUCCCUUUGUUUUAAAUGUUAGUUCUAAAAGGCAUUGGCCAGUACCCAGCUGUCUUCUGAACAACCAUUGAGGUCCUGCUCAGCUGCUAGAGAAUACUACAGUGAAGCAGUUGAAGACAUGCAAAAAUGUUCACAUUUACCGAUACUCUUUAGCAGUGCUUUUUAAAAACUUAACAUAUGUUUAAACUAGGAUGGAUGCAAAUGCUGCUCUGCCUUACAAAUGAUUAAAUUCUUUUAUUUCAGCCAAAGGCUAGCACAACUGCUUUAUGAAGUCGGGCAUUAUCCACAGGGUGUUUUUUUUUUCCACAGCAUCUUCACAAGAGAAGCAGUCUUGGAUGAUUGUGGCUGAUGUUUUUCAUGAUUAAAAAUGCCUUUAUAUAUAGCCUUACAUUGAAUAUGCACCUGUAUUCAAUUUCAUAUGUAAUGCCUGGAUUUGCACACUUGGGAUGCUUUUGUUUUAUCAGUAGUCUCUGUUGUAAGGUUUUGUUCAUGCUUACAUGGAUGUAGAAUUCUGCAAAGUUUUUCCCCCCUCCAACAUUGUAAGAAGAUGAUAAUACUGGGGGGGGGAGGGAGGAGAAGAGGAGGUUGCUUAGGAUGGUGUGAAACUUCUGAGCCUAAAAUAAUUUAUAUGAGUAUGAAACCAUUACUAGCCCCUCCUCUUUGUUUAAAGAGAGAAAAGAUUGCAUUUCUAAAUCAUAGGUGUCCCAACUUUUUGGCUUGCCUGGCACAUAUUGAAUGAAGAAUUGUCUUGGGAUGCAUAUAAAAUACAUAAUAUAAUUAAUGUAUAUAAAUCACAUAAUUUCAAAAAUUUACAAUCUUUGGGGCCACAUUACUAGCUGUCCAGGGCCGCAGGUGGCCUAUGGGCCACCAGUUGGAUGGGUCGGACUAAAUAUUUUUGUGAUGGAACUUGACAAGUGUAAUUUUUCCUACUCCCUCUGGAGGAAGUAAAUCCAGCCAACAUCCUGUUUGCAUUCUUUAUAUUUGGUGUAUUUCCAGGAACCUUAUUAAAACUGCUUGAAAUUUGUCAGCUGUACUAUGCUGAACUGAAUCUAUAGAUUUUUUUGCUGAAUUAGCUGGUACACUAAAAACUUCUUUAUUCAAAUCUGGGGGAGAGUUCCCAUACAUGGAAAAUGUGUAUUGAAUUACAAUUCUUGAGUUCCUCGAUUUCAGUCUGUGGACAUAAUUUCAGAAGUCUUGCAAGAAACAGGUGGAGGUUUUUUUUUUUCAUGUUCUCUACCCAGUUUCCCCAAUCCAUGUCAGUUUGGGUGAAUUUAUGCAAUACAUUUCAAUUUGAUACGUUUCAAUGUCUCCUCACUGCACCUGGCUUUGCUCACCCUACAGAACUAUAUUUUAAUUAUGGGUUAUUAAAAAACCCACCAUUGGCUGGACUGGCAAGACUUGUUAAUAAAUCAAGCUUACAAAAUGA